UCAAUAGGAGGCGAGCGCGAGCGCUGCCUGGUCAGCUGACGGCGUAGCCUUCCCACCCGCCGACGCCAGUGCGUUCCGGCACAGCCUACGCGGCGCAUCUCCUGUUCACGCAGGAUUUCGCAGUACUGCGAGAGAACCAGAUCGUAGAGGCUUCGUCACAGAGCACAAAAUGGAUUGGAGACAGAUCUCGAGGGACGCGGGCCUGAUGCAGACGGCGACGAUGACGUGUGCGCUGUACCUGGAGCACUACCUGGACAGCCUGGAGCACCUGCCCAUAGAGCUGCAGCGCAACUUCACGCUGAUGCGCGACCUGGACGCGCGCGCCCAGGGCCUCAUGCGCAACAUCGACCGCAUGGCCAGCGAGUACCUGCGCCAGCUCAAGACGCUGCCGCCGCACAAGCGCAAGGAGCAGAUGAACACCAUCCAGCACCUGUUCAACAAGGCCAAGGAGUACGGAGACGACAAGGUGCAGCUCGCCAUCCAGACGUACGAGCUGGUGGACAAGCACAUCCGCCGGCUGGACGCCGACCUGGCCCGCUUCGAGGCCGAGAUCCAGGACAAGGCGCUGAGCACCUCGCGCAGCCAGCAGCAACAACUGCAGCAGCAGCAGCAACAGCAGCAGGAGGAAGCGUACGCGGGCAAGAAGGGCCGCAAGAAGCUGAAGGACAAGGAGCGCAAGAAGCGCGCGGGCAACGGCUCGUCCGAGGAGGAGGCGAGUGUCGCUUCCAAGGGAUCCCGCAAGAAGCACAAGAAGGGCAGCCUCGGGCUGGGCGGCUCUGGGCACGGGUCGAGCGCGUCGGGCAGCGGCGCCGGCCCGUCGUGCAGCGGCUUGGGCGGCUCCUCGCUCGUCGAGUGCAUCGACGUGCCCGUCGGCGUGGGGGGCGUGGGCGGCAUGCUGCCCAGCCUCGCCGCCAUCGCGCACCCCUCCGACGUGCUCGACAUGCCCGUCGACCCCAACGAGCCCACCUACUGUCUGUGCCACCAGGUGUCCUACGGCGAGAUGAUCGGCUGCGACAAUCCGGAUUGCCCCAUCGAGUGGUUCCACUUCGCGUGCGUCGGUCUCGUCACCAAGCCCAAGGGCAAGUGGUUCUGCCCCAAGUGCAACGCAGAUCGCAAGAAGAAGUAAAGCAAACCCACAAUGCUCCCAACCACUCCUUCCUCGGCUCCUGUGUACCCCGCACGAUCCACCCGCAGUUGCUGUGCGUACCACAUCACGCCACACGUUUCCCAAAAAAUGCACUGGCCGGACGUCUGUUUUCUUCUUUCGAUUGCCCUAUGUGUUUUACCCCUAUUUAUCCUUAUCUGAGGAAAGUGACUCUUUAUGUUUGUUCCAUUGCAGCUUAAGCCUUCUUUUACGUUAUUUGUGUGUUGUGAACUCGAAGAUAUUUCCGUCGUUGCCCGAGAGCGCUACACAGAACAAAGUGCUGCAAAAUCAUCAGCCGCGCGACAACUAAAGGUAAAUUCCGACUUUUGCCAUCCACGUAUUUUAUGUCCGAUCAUGAACAGCACGCAUGCUGUUUUAAUGUUUUAUCACAUUCAUAUUUCCCUUUCAUCUCCGCCCACACUUUUGCAUAGCAUAUCAGCCCGCCUGCUUUCGAAAAAAAUAUACUGGCCAGCUGCCAGUAUUCUUCACUCCAUUGUCCUGUUUGUUUUGUCCCUAUUUACUCAUUAGAUAUGAGAAUUCGUUUAAUAUAUACGGGCACCAUCCACAGUCGAGGGUAACAACGCCAACUAUGACACAAAAUAUUGCGCGCGAGCUAAUUACAAAGCUAAUAGAGAGCAUUCAGUGUCCUCGGUGCACUGCACGAUCAUGUAGGGUUUUCGCCGUGUCGCGCUCUUCGCCAACACAGAAAUGGAAAACUCGUUGUCCCCUUGAACAUUCAAAAUUUUAACCUAUUUUUCACAACUACCGCUUUUGUCACAGAUAAAACUUUUCCGCAUCGAUGGUCACGGCAGAUCGCCUACGGAAGAUCUGUCAUCGCCGUAGCUAGAUGCUAGAACAUACGAAUUUUUUUUUCAGGUUUUAUAACCCGAAAUUCUCUGUGAAAUAUGACCUCGUGUUCAUAUUUUGUAACUUUGUUACCAUUUUUCAGUUACUUCGUGUUAUAUUUUUGGCACAUAUUCGUAGGUGUACUGUUUCUCUGUGCAGACUGUUUCUUUCGACUCCCGCAAGCAUGCAACCCAUCUCUUCUGACGAUAUUUUGAAUCUGAACUAAAUGGUAACUAAUUGUCACGCUUUAAGUGUUCGAUGUCGUGUACUGUGGUGUUGUGCUAGUUUACUACUGUAAUUGAGCUGCGCUGUUUCUUCGUUGAUAAGUGUUAUUUUACAUGUCAAAAAUGGUUGUUGAACACAUUCUAUUCUGCUGGCGAACAAUCUCAAUUACGUGAGCUUCAUUCGCUUCUGCAUGUGAGUAGUUUGCAAAAAAAGUAUUAAUUUCAUUUCUCCACUGAUAAUUUCACAAAUAUAAUCGUUUUAAAUAUCAGCUGUGGAAUUUUAGACGAUGUAUUAAAAACAGAUGUGUCGACUGUUCGUUUCUAGGCAUCGGUUUGCAUCAAUUAUACUAAACAUACUGCAUUUUGUUUUGAUAAUGGAUGAGAGAUGCCGCAAACGUAAAAGUUUCAAAAUAUUUAAUAUAAACAGUGUCGGUUGCAAAUUGUCACAUUUUUAGAUAUUAUGAUCGUCAUUAAGUAAUCGAAGCUAAUUAUCAUUUGUGACGAUUUGCUACUGAAAGUGUUUAUACUAAGUGUAUUGAGUAUUUGUUUACACGAUUUGGUACUGUUGCUCUUCUGAAUUACUCGAGAUGUACCAUUUAAGUAGGACCUAUUCCACCUCGGUGCUGAUGGUUCUCAGUGUGUCAAUAAAUUCCUCAUAGCGAUCAACAGUUUCUUGAGCUAUAGAAGACGGUUUAGUUUCUACACAGAUUUCGUUGCAUUUACUGUUACAUAUAUAAAAUAUAUACAUUAAAUUAAGGUUCUUCUUAAAACUAAGGAAACAGAAGAAGAUAUUGAUGUUUUAAAUGAUAUAAAUGUAUUAUUGUGGGUUGUUAGAUGUGACAUAAAUGUGUAUUAAAAGAUCUUUUGCAUGUUAAUUGUUAAGAAUGAGUCAAAACUAAAAUCAAAAGUAAUGGAUGUACAUCUAUACCAAAGAUAAAUGUCUUUGCUCCAGUUUUACCCAAAGAAAUUCUUAACUGUAGAUUUAGUUUCAUAGCUUUAUUUGGAGGUGACAUGAAGGAAAUGAUUGAAGGCUGCUGCCGCAGCUGUGCUGAUGGAUAUUUUAAGUAAUUGCGUUGGUCAACUGUAGUGGUAUUAUUUACUUUUAAGUUCGUAUGUAGUUUAGAAAUAAAAUCUUAAUAUCCAAAUGCGUAUUUGUAAAAGAUGUUGGAGCAUUUAUUUUGUAAUU